UAAAAAGCUGCGCGGCAAGAUUUGUUCCAGGUGAAGGUCCACAACUGGCACCUUGCAUGGUUGGGGUGCGGAUGAUCCAGCUGAACUAUCCACCCUGGACUCCCAUGGUAUUGGGAGUUAUCGACUGGUUCUAAAAAUGUUUAUCGGUCGAGCCGCUAGAGUCAAGCUGCAUCUUCCUCAAUCUUUGUCGAUAGAAGCCUUCCGUCCAGUCCCGAAUAGGUUGAAGAUAAGAUUUUCUAUGCGAUAUCUAUGAAUAAAUCCAACGAUCACCAACGCCCUUCACGGAGCUCUUACUGUGACAGUAAUUUCUCCAGUCUUUGUAUCUUUAUACUUUGAAAUUUUCAAAAUUGCUUCCUUAACGAACAUCGAGAUGAGGAAGUUCGCCGUACCUGACCAUUCGAGGGCAGGUUCGACCUUCACCACAACGAGUCAAGCCACCUCGAAUGUCAACUCGCCAAAUCCCUUCGCAACCCCUCCAGCCUCGAUAUUCGGAGCAACUUCUGGUUAUCAAUAUUCAGAGUCUGCUGGCGGCAAAUACUUCCGAUCGCGACGCAUACGCAAAGAUGAUGCCGGUCAUGAACCGCCGACGUUCAAGAAAGAUCCGAAGGAGAAGUGGCUGUGUAUCAUACCUAUGCUUGGGCUUUUCACAGGAAUAGCCAUUACGGGAGUUAUGAUAUAUCUUAAGAUUGGAAGACUAGCGACUCACAAUUACUGUCCUGUCCUGGAUGAUGACUUCUCCUCUGGAGUUUUGAACAAGAAUAUAUGGACAGCUGAGAACGAGGUCGGUGGAUAUGGCAACGGUCAAUUCGAACAGACGACUGGAGAUGAAGAGAACGUCUUCAUCAAGGACGGCUUGCUCCACCUCAAGCCCACGUUACAAGACGAGAAGCUUAUCGUCAUGAACAACGUCAUCAAUCUCACGGCUACUGGACUUUGCACAUCAAACCUGUGGAACAACUGCGUCGCAUCCACCAACAUCACCAACGGAACAAUUGUUCCUCCAGUUCGUUCUGCACGCCUGAACACGAAGGUUGGUGCUACGAUCAAAUACGGACGUGUUGAAGUGCGAGCGAAGAUCCCAAAAGGAGACUGGCUGUGGCCUGCAAUUUGGAUGAUGCCUGUCAAAGAGACUUAUGGAGCAUGGCCAGCGAGUGGAGAGAUCGACAUCAUGGAAUCAAGAGGCAACAACCACACAUACAGUCUUGGUGGCAACGAUGUAGUAUCAUCAGCACUGCAUUGGGGGCCCAACCCCGCAAAUGAUGCCUACAGACACACUGCCAACUACAAACACUCGCUACACUCUGAGUAUGGCGAUGACUUCCACAACUUUGGACUGGAGUGGUCCGAGAAAUAUCUGUUCACUUACGUUGAUACAAGACUCCUGCAAGUCUCGUACAACACAUUCAAGAAGCCGUUCUGGAAGCAAGGUGGAUUUCCAUUGGCAACCCCGGAAGGAAUUCGACUUGUUGAUCCCUGGACGCAGACCGGAAGGCCGCAGACACCAUUCGAUCAGGACUUCUAUCUUAUCAUCAAUGUUGCCGUUGGAGGGUCGAAUGGUUGGUUCCAAGAUGGUCGAGACGGAAAGCCCUGGGUCGAUGCCAGUCCAACUGCAAAGACAGAUUUCUGGAAUGCGAGAAAUAAAUGGUUUCCAACAUGGAAGGAGAAUAGCGAAAUGAUUGUCGAUCGUGUUCGAAUGUGGCAACAAUGUUGAGGAUGUAAUGGUGUAUUGUUUUCAACUGUCACUUGACGGCAGAUAGGAUCACAGGUCAGCGGUGUCAACUCUCAGGGUCCGGUUAUAAAUCGGAGUUUUCGGAUAUAAUUUUACAGUCACACG